AUGAAGUACCUCGCUAUCGCAUUCAUCGUAGCAAUCUCAGCAUUAGUCUCUUAUGCCGAGCCAGUUCCCGAUCUCCUGAGAAAAGUCGGUUCCCGCGGCGGUCACCGCGGCGGUCACAAGCCAGCACCAAAAAGUACACCAACACCACAACUCUGCGCCCAAAAACAACUAGCUUUCGGUGACAAGACCUGCACCUACGUCUAUCAAUUUAGCAGUGACGAUAACGGCGACAAUGCCAGCGCUAGAUCCUUCAUCAUCGACACCAACUGUGUUAUACUACAAUCGGGCGAAGCUCCAACUCAAGAGUCCACUUCAAAUUGGAGCUAUAGUUUAGGACAUGCAAUAUUGUGA